GUUGACUAAGUCCCCUCAAUCUGCUAGACACAAACGGCAGCUUUAAUGGUUCAUCAAAUACAGUAUUUCAAUUUCUUUUUACGACAAACAAUUUGGUCAAUAGUGUCUUUUUACAAUCCACUGAUUAAACAACAUAGCCUUUCUGUCCUGUAGACUGUGCUAUCACUGCUUAAUGCAACAACACUAACUUUGUGUUGUGAUGCAGAUGUUGCUGUCUCCAAAUCUCUGAAGUAACCAAAAGAUUAAUCUCAGUGAUUCAGCAUUAAUUUCUGCCUCUGGUCAUGAUGGCAUGAACAUUAUGUUAUUGUUUUAGAUACGGUGAGAGCAAUAUGUUUGUUUGUUGCAUAAAAAGGAUGUGGUAAAAGACAUGGUGUUACGUUUGAUAGCUUCUCCAAAUAUCUGGCUGUAGAUAAAGAUUGUAGAUGAUUGAAUCAAUUGUAGAUGAUGAAUGUCAUUGUGUUAGAUUUGAAGGAUGGUUAAUGAAAGUAAGAUGUACUGCAUGUAAUUGUAAAAAAACUUGUCAUUUAGAUGAAGCUCUAUUCUUACAGUAAUGUUUUCACUGAAAUAAUCAGUAAAUGCCACUGUGACCUAUCAGGAAUAUUUCUGACUUAAAAUGUCUUUUGUACAUAGUGUGUGUGUACAAUAGUGCACAAUCUAUCCUAGUCUUGUCAUAUCUGGUUGAGCCUCUUUCUUUGAGGCAAUAUAAAAAGCUCUCCUCGCAAGCAGAGGACACAACAAGCUGUUAGAACCGCUGGAGUAAAGGUAUGUCUAAGUUACUGGCUUUUCAUUAAUGCUCGCUUUUGUUCCUUAUUGUUACAGUGACUGACUGCCAGUAAUAGAGUGAUGAAUUUGUGUCUGAAAUACAAAACGUAUAAUAUGUACAUUUGUUCUAGAGAUCAGCUGUCCUCAUCUUGCAACAAUGAAGUUCACUCUUGCUAUUGCCCUCCUGGUGCUGGUUAUUUCUCACGGCACUGAAUCUGCAUCAUUGGUGAAGCGUGAUGUGCCCGCCGAGAUUCAGAAGAUCACCAAGUUUCUCGAGGACAUAAGCAGCAUGUUCACCACCACCGUUACUGAACUGGUGGAGAAGAUCAAGGCCACUGACCUGACCAGUGAGAAUGAAGCUUACCUUCAGGAGGGCAAGGCUCAGGUGCAGCCACUGCUCCAGCCUCUCGCUGCCUCCGUCGAGGCCCAGGUGGAGGAUCUCCUCAGGAAGGCGAUGGACCUCACCAAGGCCCUGCUCACUCCUCAGAUCGACCCAAAGACCCCCGGUCUGAAUUCCACAGUCAGAGCCAUGCAUUUAUUUCUAUCAGUUUACAAACCUGUAAUAAAACAUUAUUUAUUUUUUCAUGAAACUCAGGUAGUCACCAUGAAGUUCGCUCUGACACUCAUCUUUGUUUUGCUGGCAGUUUCCCAGGGCACCGAGUCCAAGUCUCUGGUGAAGCGUGAAGCAGAGAUUGAGAAGAUCACCAAGUUCUUUGAGGACCUCGGUACCACCAUAACAAGCACUGCUGAGGAUGUUGUGGAGAAAGUGAAAUCCCAUGAACUGACUCAGAAGGCUGAGGCUGCUUUUGAGGAGGCGAAGACUCAACUGCAGACCUUCCAGGAGGAGCUGGCGCCCAUCACCACCAACAUGCAGGACCAGAUCCAGUCUCUGGCCAGCUCCGUGGAGGACAUCCUCCAGAAGUUGGCCGACCGGACCAAAUCCCUGGCCGAGAGCGCCGAGUCCCAGCUCAGUUCCCUCGCAGAGUCGGCCGAGGCUCAGAUCAGACCCCUGGCGGAGUCCGCCAAGGCUGAGAUCCAGAAACUGAAGAAGUCUGUGGAAGACCAGGUCAGGCCUCUGCUUGAUUCUGUGGAUUCUGCCCAGGUCGAGCUGGAGGCCAUUGUCCAGAAAGUGAAAGACCAGGCCAGUGCUCUGCUUUAGUGAGGGACCCGCCACAAACCACAUCUCUGCCACUAUUUAAAAAGGACACUGUGGAAACAAUAUUACCAUCUCAUUGUGAACCACAAUGUCAAC